AUGCCUUCAGAAAAGCACACCACAGACGACCACAAUGUCAUUAUCAUCGGUGCAGGAUGGCAGGGAAUUGCUGCUGCUAGAACAUACCUACAGCUCAAGCCCAAUGUUAAAUUAACCAUAAUUGACUCGGAUAGCAGCAUCGGUGGAGUCUGGAGUAUCGAUCGAAGUUACCCUGGACUCAUUGCCGAUAGUCCAGUGGGUUGCUACGAGUUCUCCGAUAUGUGCAUGGACGAGGAUCCGGAAUUGAAAAUGUGGAAUACUAUUCCUGGUCACAAGGUUGGAGAGUAUCUUCGCAAGUUUUCGAAGAGAUUUCAUAUUGAUGAACAUCUACGCUUGAAUACGAGAGUUCUUUCGGCGACUUCUGAACGGGGAAUCAACGGAGUAAGUAGGUGGAUUUUGGAGGUCCAGACAAAAGACAAAGGAAAAGAAAUCCUCAACUGCGAUAAAUUGAUUGUGGCCAGUGGCCCUUCUUCGGAUCCAAGGAUGCCAGAUCUCGACACAAGUCAAUUUAAUGGACCUUUUUUCCACUCUCUGUAUCUUGGUGCUCGACAUGCAGAGCUUACUGCCGAUAAUAUCAAACAUGUAACUGUGGUUGGAGGUAACAAAUCUGCCGCUGAGGUCGUCAAUCUAUGCGCAUCAGCGGGAAAGAAGGUUACCUGGUUAAUACGAGAGGGUGGUGCUGGUCCAGGAAUGCUUAUACAGGUAAGGUCAGGAGGAGUACACACAGCGGCCAUUGCAUUCUCCAGAUGGGCGGGUCUAACAGUUCCAUGUUUGUUAAGAACUCACGGGUUUUGGUAUUGGCUUUUGCAUAGUGGAUUCUUUUGGCCUGGUAUUUGGUUGAUUGGGAAAUAUUGGGAGUGGGCUUCCCAAUACAUGUUCAAAGGUCUUUAUGAUCAGAGUGAGAAUGCUAAGAAAAUUUCUCCAGAUUGCCAACAUCUCUUCUGGUCUACAUCUGCACCCUCUUUUCUUCAAGGAGACAGUACUUUAUUCGAGAAACUAAACGCAGGGAUACUGAUAGAUGUCCAACGCACACAUAUAACAAAGGCUCAUUCCAACAGUGUCACUCUCGACAAUGGUACCCAGCUUGCUACAGACGCAUUGGUCUUUGCCACAGGAUGGAAUCUGACAUAUUCUAAAUUCUUCUCGCCUGAAGCACGUCUCGAGCUAGACCUUCCAAUCCCCUUUGGUGAAGAACCUCCCGCUCUUAAAGCAUAUUGGAAGGAACUUGACACGGAAGCUGAUCAAUGGGUUCAUAAAACAUUCCCUUUCUUGUCUAAUCCGCCCAAGACCAAUGAAGCUCCGCCGGAAAAUACACCGUAUCAUCUCUAUCGUCAAUCUAUUCCUCCAGCACUUGCAACUCGCAACGACCGUUCCAUUGUCUUCCUCGGCGUUCUAGCAUCUCCUCAGAUCCCUACAUAUGCUGAGCUUUCUGCCCUCUGGAGCAUUGCUUAUCUCGAAAACAUGCAUUCCCUUGAGGUGGAUAAAGUUUUCAAUGAUAAAUUGACAAUGGAUCUAGAUACCGCUCGAACCAAUGCAUUUAUGAAGUGGAGAUAUAGAAGAGCGGGAAUCAUUGAACCAAACGUGGGAGCGGAGGUUCAAGAUCUUUGUGAUUUACUGUGUGCUGAAUUGGGGGUAGAAGGAAAGAGGAAGGAAAUGGUUGGAGGGUGGAAAGCGUCAUGGAAUGAGUGGUUCUCGCCGUAUAGAAGUGUGGAUUAUAAAGGUAUUGUAGGUGAAUUUUUAGAGGUGGUUAGAAAAAGAGAGGAAGCAAAGGCGAAAACUGAGUAG